GAUCCUUCCCUGGCAGGGGAUAUAAAGCCGCUCUUGCAUGGGAUCCCAGCGGAGAUCCGAAAGCAUUUGGAUCUGAAGCAGGAACUGGAGGAAGAACCUUCUGGAGGACUCCUUAGCUUUUUGUGCGGGCAAACAGCAGGGUCUGACACGCGGCGCUCCAAGGGCCGCAGUGCUCCCCAGAGCCAUGGCUGAGCGGGUGCUGGUCAUCGGCAGCGGAGGCAGGGAGCACGCCCUGGCAUGGAAGUUGGCCCAGUCCCCGCACGUCAAACACGUGUUUGUGGCUCCAGGAAACGCAGGGACAGCUGACAACGGAAAAAUCUCCAAUUCAGCUGUAUUAGUGAGCAAUCACACUAUUGUUACCCAGUUCUGCAAAGAUCAUAACAUUGGGCUUGUCAUAGCUGGACCAGAAGCUCUCUUGGCAGCUGGCAUCGUCGAUGACCUGCGGGCAGCAGGAGUUGGGUGCUUUGGGCCCUGUGCCAGGGCAGCCCAGCUGGCAUCCCACAGCAGCUCCAGCAAAGCCUUCCUGGAUCGCCACGGGAUCCCCACGGCGCGCUGGAAAGCCUUCAGCAACCCGCAGGAAGCGUGCAGGUUCAUCACCAGCACAGAUUUCCCUGCACGGGUGGUGCGGGCGCGGGGUCCAGCGGCCAGGAAAGAAGUGACCAUUGCAGCCAGCAAGGAGGAGGCCUGCAGAGCUGUCCAGGAGAUUAUGCAGGACAGAAUGUUUGGAGACAUGGUUGUUAUUGAAGAACUCCUUCAAGGGGAAGAACUUUCUUGCUCCUGUUUCACGGACGGUGUCACCGUGGCCUCCAUGCCCCCGGCUCAGCCCCACAAGCGGCUGCAGGACGGGGACCGGGGUCCCACCACGGCGGGGAUGGGAGCCUAUUGCCCCGUGCCUCAGGUUCCAGAAGCUCUCCUAGAGCAAAUCAGGGGUGCCAUCCUCCAGCACGUCGUGGACAGCUUGAGACAAGAAGGAGCAGCCUACGUAGGUGUGCUGCAAACAGGUUUGAUGCUGACCAAAGAGGGGGUGAAGAUUUUAAACUUCAAAUGCCAGUUUGGGGAUCCCCAGUGUCAGGUGAUUCUCCCUCUGCUUAAAAAUGAUUUUUAUGAGGUGAUCCAAGCAACAAUGGAUGGCAAACUCUGCAGCUGCAUGCCAGCCUGGUCGGAGAACAGAAGCGCUGUGUGCGUGGUCAUGGCCAGCCCAGGAUACCCAGGGGACUCUGACAAAGGCAUGGAGGUCACAGGGCUCCCGCAAGCCGAGCAGCUGGGGCUGCAGGUGUUCCACGGGGGCACGGCACUGAGGGACGGCAGGGUGGUGACGAGUGGUGGCAGAGUCCUGUCCGUCACUGCUGUCAGGCAGGACCUGAUGGAAGCCGUGGGAGAAGCCAACAGAGGUGUGGCCACCAUCCACUUCCAGGGGGCCACCUUCAGGAGGGACAUCGGGCACCGGGGCCUGCGGCUGCUCCAGCAGCCCCUGGCCCUGGUGUACAAGGACAGGCAGGUGGCAGCUGGAACCAGGGACCUUUGGAGCCAUCUGCCGCAAACAGCAGCUCGGAGAGGCGCCAGGGCAGGAGGUCGCUCAGAAGGAGGAGGCUUUGCUGCUUUCUUUGACCUGAAGGCGUCUGGUUAUGAUGAUCCCAUCCUGGUGACCCAGACCAAGAGCCUUGGGCCCAAACUGCAGCUUGCCCAGGUCUGUAAAAGACACGACACCAUCGGGCAGGACCUGGUGGCCCUGUGUGUCAACGACCUCCUGGCCCAGGGGGCUGAGCCCCUCUUCUUCCUCAGCCAUUUGGCCUGUGGCAAACUCGACGCUGAAGUGCUGGAAACAAUCAAAGAAGGAAUAGCUGAGGCGUGCAGGAGUGCAGGCUGUGCUUUCCUGGGCGCGGAGGUGACGGAAGCGGCGGCUCCGUGUCCCUCUGGGCACUGUGACCUGGCCGGGUUCGCGGUGGGCGCGGUGGAGCGCGGCCAGCGGCUGCCGGGGCUGCAGAGAGCUGAGGAGGGGGACGUGCUCCUGGGGCUGGGCUCUGCCGGCAUCCACGGCCGCGGCUUCGGCGUCGUGCGCAAGAUCCUCCUGACGUCCUCGCUGCACUGCUCCUCGCCAGCCCCGGGCAGCUGCGGGCACAGCACCCUGGGAGAUGUUUUGCUGACCCCAGGGAAAAUGUUCAGCCCAGCUCUGCUGCCCGUCCUCCGCUCGGGGCAUGUGAAGGGCUUUGCCCCCACGGCUGAGGGGCUCCUGGGGGGCAUCUCCAGGCUCCUGCCCGAGCACAUCAGCGCCGUCCUGGAUGCUCUCAGCUGGAAGAUCCCUGAAAUUUUUUGCUGGCUCUACAAGGAGGGGAACCUCUCUGCAGAGGAGAUGGCUCAGACCUUCCCCUGUGGGAUCGGGGCCGUCUUGGUCGUGCAGAAGGAGCUGGCCCAGCACGUUCUCCAGGACAUCCAGAGGCAGCAGGAGGCCUGGCUGAUUGGGAAGGUGGUUGCCCCUUGUCACACAGCAGGUUCUCACAUUGAAGUGGAGAAUCUUGCAGAGGCCCUGCAGCUCAGCAGCCCCCAGCAGCUGCUGAACGACAGCACUGCCCAGAGCCAGCCCAAGAAGAGAAAGGUGAAGGUGGCUGUCCUUGUCUCUGGAGCAGGCAGGGCCCUGCCUGCGCUCAUCGGCUCAGCGCGGGAGCCGGGCAGCUGCGCCCAGCUGGUGCUGGUCAUCUCCAACAGACCCGGAGUGCAGGAGCUGUGCAGCGCCGCCCGCGCGGGCAUCCCCACCAGGGUGAUUGAUCACAAAUUGUACGGGAGCCGCUCGGAAUUCGACAGCACCAUCGACCGAGUCCUGGAGGAAUUCUCUGUGGAGCUGAUCUGUCUGUCAGGAUUCAUGAGAGUUUUGUCCAGCCCUUUUCUCCGAAAAUGGAAAGGGAAAAUUUUGAAUGCUUCUCCAUCACUUUUUCCACUCGUCAAGGAUGGAAAUGCCCAUCAAGAGCCCCUGGAAAGUGGAUUCAAAGUCGCAGGCUGCACUGUGCAUUUUGUCCUGGAGGAGCCGAGCGCCGCGGCCGCGAUCCGCCGGGAGCCGCUGCCGGGGGACUCGGAGGCGGCGCUGGAGGAGCGGCUGCAGGAGGCCGAGCUCCGAGCCUUCCCCACCGCCCUGCAGCUCGUGGCCAGCGGGGCCGUGUGGCUGGGAGCCCAUGGAAGGACCUGCUGGAGGCGAGAGAGCCAAAGGCUCAGCCCGCAGGAGGAGCACGGACACGAAGCGUCCUCUGCGGAGCCUCAGGAACACGAGGGGCUCUGGGGAGGUCCUUGAGGGGCUCGGGCUCUGCUCAUGGCCCCUCCUCUCCCCUUCUGCUCCGUGUGCUUCUCUCGGAUGUCUCGGUAUCCCAAGUUUCCAUUCCCUGCCUUUUCCCUGAGCUCACAGCUUUCGUUACACCCCCUCGGAAAAUCCAUGGUGGGAGCCAGGCUGGCUUGUCAGGUUUGGAAUUCCUUUGUUCUGUUUUUAAACCUGUAAAGGAGGAAAUGUGUUACAUGGACGGGGCUCGAGCUGUAAA